ACAGCCGCCAUGCAUCCCCCCCCAAGCCAACAAGUGUGAACCUAACCCAAGCUCGGAGGCUUCACCCUCCCACGCCAACCGCAUCCGUGAACCGGACCUAUCCCACAGCGCGUCACUCUUCCCCCAAAUCUGUCCGAGCGGGCAACUAUUCCACGGCGCCAACCAACGCCACGAUUCUGCGAUCGCUCUAUUCAUCGCGUCCGCUCUAAAAUAGCGGCGGAACGCGAUCUGCAUCGCUCGGAUCCCUGGGUCCCGAACCGCCUCGCCAUCGAAUACGACAUGACGUGCCGUGAAUUCCAAAUGGCCGCCCAGAGAUUUGCCGAACCGGUGCUUGCUGCGGAGCUGAUUGGCGAGGAAGAGCUGGAUGACUUGUUGGAGCGUGUUUGUGGGACUGGUGCUGGUGUGAGCCGCAGCGAUGUGUUGAGGGUGCUGGGCACGGGUGUGGAGAGUUUGGAUGGUGUGUUGGGUGGGGGGUUGCUUGGUGGACGGGUUGUGGGGGUUCAUUGCGAGGGGGGUGGGAGUGGGCAGGAGCUUUGUCAGACACUCCUCGUCAAUUCGCUGCUCACGUAUCACGACUCGACGGCGGCUGUUGUCGAUACGACGGGGAACUUUGAUAUCUUGAGGUUGUAUACGAUUAUCCUGUCUCGUUUGCAACAUGAUGCAACGCUCAUCGCUUCUUUGAAUUUGCCGACUACUACUCCGGACAGUGCGCAGGAAGUUGAAGAUGUAGCGGCUCAAGUCCUCGACCGUGUGAAGAUUAUGCGUGUCUUCGAUUUCGUCGGCGUCGUAGAGGCAGUUGGCGAGGUUAGAGAUGAGUGGGAAGGCAGAUCGUCGAGGAAUGACAUGGUGGAGAAGGAGAAAGAGGAUGUGGAGCCAAAGAAACCACCAAAGCGAACCAUGGUUCCGGACAGUGAAGACGAGGAAGAGGACGAAGAGAUGUUAUUCGACGUCACUGCACCCACUACGUCAGUCCAAGAACCAGGACCUGAACCUGAACCCGAGCCGAUCAACUCAAAAACCACUGAACAAGACCAAGACAGCAAGCCAGCCAGAACAAAGUUCAUCCUCAUCGACAACCUUCCCCACGUGCUCAACCCUCUACUGAAGAAGAACUUCGUCGAGGCAAACGCCCUGGCACACUCUUUCCUACAUUCCCUCACGCGCCUCACGAAGACGCACACCCUUCACACACUCCUCAUAAUCCCGACAACGCUCCCGCGCGCGCCCUCGCCAGUUAGGCCACACCAGGAACAACGACCACAGCAACCGCCCCCUCCGCCGAGUAUCUUCUCGAGCAACAAUGCGGUGCUGGCGUUGGGGAAUGUGCUGGGGCCGUAUGUGGAUUUGGGGGUAUUAGUUACGCGGGUGCCGAGACGUAAGGGAGAUGCUGGCGUAUUUUAUCGUGAAGGAGGGGCGAGAGGGAGAAAGUGUGAGAUGGUGGAUGUCAUGGAGAUUGUCAGUGAUCGAUGGGAGGCACGGGUUGGUGCGUGGGGAACAUUCUGCAAAGGCGAGACAGGGAUAAGGGCUUGUGUCUGAAGAGAAGAGUGAAAUCGAUGGUGUGGGGGAUGAUGUUGACGUUGGCUAGAUUUUUAUGUUUGAUACCCCAAUAACUUUUACUACUUCG